GUCUACCCUUAAGAUUGGAUCCUCUCCAGGGGCGGAGGCAGUGUGAAACAUGGUGUGGCAUAUGCCACACCAGUUUCUAAUCUUUUUUUUUUUUUUUUUUUAUAUCCAUAAUUCAUAAAAGGCCUGGCACGGGGAGAAGGAAAUUAAAAGGUCUGGCAUAAUUCAUUGAUUGUGAAUUGUUUUUUCAUCUUCUCCUUGUCGUGAACCUCAAAACAAUUUUUUCAUCUUGUGAAUUUUUUCAUCUUGUUUCAUCUCCUCCUCUUCUCAAAAAUCAGAAUUCACAAUCAAUGAAUCAAAUAUCUUCUUACAACAAACAAACAAACCUCUCCUUCCACUCUCAUCAGUCAACAACAUAAUUUUCUCUCUUCACUCUAAGUCUAAGCCAAGGAUGAAGAAAUUCUUGCCUGUGUUGUCUAGAGACAAAGCUAGUUCUUCGACUAUGGAUAUUGCUCCCAACUCGACCAAUGAGGGUGUUAAAGUUGUUGAUUAUAAAUUGUUGGAAACGGAUCCAGGAAUUAGGCCUCCAAACAUGAGAUUGAUGUACCUGAUAUGGAUGCACCAUAUAUGGAAGGAAAGAAACCUAGGCGUCCCUCCGGUUUCUAGUGUUUCUAAUUUGCAUCAUUAUAAGAAUGAUUGUUUGUUUAGUGUUUUAGAUUUGCAAUUGCAAGAGCUUAAUGCUAGGUUUGAUGAAGAGAAUACCGAAAUUUUACAAUGUGUUUCAUGUUUGAGUCCUGCAAAGUCAUUUUCUGCUUUUGAUGUGAACAAAUUAUUAAGGAUGGCUGAGCUUUAUCCAAAUGAUUUUGUAGAUGUGUCGGAAGUGGAGUUGCGUAGACAACUUCAUAAUUAUGUUAGAAAUGUUAAAUCUAAUCCAAAAUUUGCAAAGUUGAAAGGGCUUUCGGAUCUUUGUACAAUACUUGUGGAAACAAAUAAGUGCAAGACAUUUGCUUUGGUUUUUAAGCUUUUGAAGUUGGCUUUGCUCUUGCCGGUUGCAACUGCAAGUGUUGAACGUGUUUUUUCAGCUAUGAAGAUUGUGAAGAGUCAUUUACGUAACAAAAUGGGUGAUCAAUGGUUAAAUGAUCGGCUUGUAACUUUUAUUGAAAGAGAUGUUCUUUUCACAAUUAGCACUGAUGUUAUUCUAGCUCAUUUUCAACAAAUGGAUGGCAGACGAUUUUCAUUGUAAUUUAACAAAUGUAUGGUUAAAUGUUUAUAUAUUAUUUUUA